AAAUUGUAGCAAAGUAUCUUGGCCCACCAUCUGAAAAUCGCAGACCAGAUUUCUUGAAAAUUCCUGAACACCCUAAAGGAUUAGAACUUGAUAUUCCCUAUUAUGAAUAUGGAUUUGUAAUUGAAGUGCAAGGAGAGCAGCACGAAAAGUAUAUAGAAUUCUUUCAUAGAGGAGACCCGAAUAAUUUUAUCAAGCAACAAGCACGGGAUCAACUAAAGAAAGAAUUAUGCGAAGAGAACUGGAUUGCACUAAGAUACGUUUGGUAUUACGAAGACCCAUAU